AUGGCGGAAACGGUGGCUGACACCCGACGGCUGAUCACCAAGCCGCAGAACCUGAAUGACGCCUACGGGCCGCCCAGCAACUUCCUCGAGAUCGAUGUCAGCAACCCCCAGACCGUGGGGGUCGGCAGGGGCCGUUUCACUACCUACGAAAUCAGGGUCAAGACAAAUCUUCCUAUAUUCAAGCUGAAGGAAUCUACUGUUAGAAGAAGAUACAGUGACUUUGAAUGGCUGCGAAGUGAAUUAGAAAGAGAGAGCAAGGUUGUAGUUCCCCCACUCCCUGGAAAAGCAUUUUUGCGUCAACUUCCUUUUAGAGGAGAUGAUGGAAUAUUUGAUGACAGUUUUAUUGAGGAAAGGAAGCAAGGCCUGGAGCAGUUUAUAAACAAGGUCGCUGGUCAUCCUCUGGCACAGAAUGAACGUUGUCUUCACAUGUUUUUACAGGAUGAAAUAAUAGAUAAAAGCUAUACUCCAUCCAAAAUAAGACAUGCCUGA